AUGCCGGACUUCUCCGAGGGCGUGUGGUACCACCAGCAACAAGGGCCGCAGACUCUUCCGCAGGAGGGUUUCGGGCAUGUCGACGACUGGUUGAACUCACCGUAUCUGCUCGGGGAAGACGAGAUAGGCGGCCGUCAUGACCCCGACGGGGCGGUAGAAUGUGCCGCCCGAAACUCCGCGACGGACGUCGAUAAUUUAGGGAUUCUGUAGUGCACGCACACCACGUACGAAGGAGGGGUGCGGGGCCCCUACGCACGCUCUCUCCCUUGUGGUAUUUGUUGUGCCUUUGCGGGCUUCCCCACGCUUGUUUGGAAACUACUCACCGGCUCGUCUUGGUCCGCUCAGAGCUACAAUUUUUUCGCGCGACGUAUUGUAUUGCCUUGCCAAGAGCUAUUCUGAGGGUUGGGGAGGAGAUUUCGGUUGGUGUCAUUAUUAGAGAAAAAAAGGGCCAGCUCCACAGUAUUUUAAGUACAUUUUUGACUUGUCUUCAGAGAAAGGCUAGGGGUUGAGGCAAUGAUCACGUUUCGCGGUGUUGCUGUAUCAUUUGUUUCCUCCCCCGACGUAUAAGCUUGACCAGGAAAUCGUAGUGUCAGGGUGCUAGCUUCAUUUGCUUGGCUGUCUGUCUGUGUUUGCUGAGAUCAAGCGUUGGUCGCCGUGCUGCAUGCGGCAGUUACCCGCGGAUCGAUGUUGACGCAGGCAGAGCCGAGGCUUCGGCCGCC